GUGUACAUGUGUGUGUGUAUGAGAGAGAGUGUGUGUAUGAGUGUGUGUACACAUGUGUGUGUGUCAGAGAGGGAGAGGGCGGCUGCUGUAAAUAGCCGCCUCCUCUCCGUGACUCACGCCACCCGCGGGGAGACGUGGGAGGGAGACACGCGGAGAGACAUUCACUCUGAGACACACACACAGGGACAGACAGAGAGAGACACACACACAGAGACACGCGGAGAGACAUUCACUCUGAGACACACACACAGAGACAGACAGAGAGAGACACACACAGAGACAGACAGAGAGAGACACACACACAGGGAGAGAGAGAGAGACACACACACACAGAGACAUUCACUCUGAGACACACACACAGAGACAGACACUCUGAGACACACACACACAGACAGACACUCUGAGACACACACACAGACAUUCACUCUGAGACACACACACAGAGACACGGGGACAGACAUUCACUCUGAGACACACACACAGGGAGAGAGAGACACGGAGACAGACAGGGUGAGACACACACACAGGGAGAGAGAGACACGGAGACAGACAGGGUGAGACACACACACAGGGAGAGAGAGACACGGAGACAGACAGGGUGAGACACACACACAGGGAGAGAGAGACACGGAGACAGACAGGGUGAGACACACACACAGAGACAGACACUCUGAGACACACACACAGAGACAUUCACUCUGAGACACACACACAGGGAGAGAGAGACACGGAGACAGACAGGGUGAGACACACACACAGAGACAGACACUCUGAGACACACACACAGAGACAGACAGAGAGAGACACACACAGAGACAUUCACUCUGAGACACACACACAGAGACAUUCACUCUGAGACACACACACAGAGACAGACACUCUGAGACACACACACAGAGACAUUCACUCACAGAGAGACACGGAGACAGAGAGAGAGACAGACAGAGUGACACACGGUGUGUGUGUGUGUACAUGAGACAGACAGAGACAGACAGGGAGACAGAGAGACAGAGUGACACACGGUGUGUGUGUGUGUGUACAUGAGACAUAGACAGACAGAGUGACACACGGUGUGUGUGUACAUGAGACAGACAGACAGAGUGACACACGGUGUGUGUGUGUGUGUACAUGAGACAGAGACAGACAGAGACAGAGUGACACACGGUGUGUGUGUGUACAUGAGUCAGACAGGGAGACAGAGAGACAGACAGAGUGACACAUGGUGUGUGUGUGUACAUAAGACAGAGACAGACAGAGUGACACACGGUGUGUGUGUGUACAUGAGACAGACAGACAGAGUGACACACGGUGUGUGUGUGUGUACAUGAGACAGACAGAGUGACACACGGUGUGUGUGUGUGUGUACAUGAGACAGACACAGAGACAGACAGACAGAGUGACACACGGUGUGUGUGUGUGUGUACAUGAGACAGACAGAGUGACACACGGUGUGUGUGUGUACAUGAGACAGACAGAGUGACACACGGUGUGUGUGUGUACAUGAGACAGACAGAGUGACACACGGUGUGUGUGUGUACAUGAGACAGACAGACGAGGCUCACAGACACGUCAGACAGCGGUGAGGGGUCACAGAGACGCCGCGGACAGUGAAGGAGACACGAGAGAGACACGAGGAGACACGAGAGAGACACGAGAGAGACACAGGGAGACAGGGAGACACGGGGGGCAUUAGCCAAGAGGGACAACAGCAGCAGCAGUCCCCCUCGUCUCGGGGCAUCCCCGUGGGAGAGACAAGAAGACAGGGACAAGACAAGGGAGACACGAGAAGGGAGACAAGAAGACAGGGACAAGACAAGGGAGACACGAGGAGACAAGACAAGGGAGACACGAGAGAGACGAUGGCCGACGUGGAGGUGCAUGUGGACAGCCUCAUCUCCCGCCUGCUGGAGGUGAGGGGCAGUCGACCGGGCAAGACGGUGCACAUGUCGGAGGCGGAGGUGCGGGCUCUGUGCAUCAAGUCUCGUGAGAUCUUCCUAUCGCAGCCCAUUCUGCUCGAGCUCGAAGCGCCGCUCAAGAUAUGCGGCGACAUCCACGGACAGUACUACGACCUCCUGCGCCUGUUCGAGUACGGCGGAUUCCCUCCCGAGAGCAACUACCUCUUCCUGGGCGACUACGUGGACCGUGGCAAGCAGUCGCUGGAGACCAUUUGCCUGCUACUCGCCUACAAGAUCAAGUACCCUGAGAACUUCUUCCUGCUGCGCGGGAACCACGAGUGCGCCAGCAUCAACCGCAUCUACGGCUUCUACGACGAGUGCAAGCGCCGUUUUAACAUCAAGCUCUGGAAGACGUUCACGGACUGCUUCAACUGCCUGCCUAUCGCUGCCAUCAUUGACGAAAAGAUUUUCUGCUGCCAUGGCGGCCUCUCACCGGACCUGCAGUCAAUGGAGCAGAUCCGCCGUAUUAUGAGACCCACGGAUGUCCCCGACACAGGGCUGCUGUGCGAUCUGCUGUGGUCGGACCCAGACAAGGACGUGCAGGGCUGGGGCGAGAACGACCGUGGCGUCUCCUUCACCUUCGGCGCCGACGUCGUCAGCAAAUUCCUCAACCGCCACGACCUGGACCUCAUCUGCCGCGCUCACCAGGUGGUGGAGGACGGCUAUGAGUUCUUCGCUAAGCGCCAACUCGUCACGCUCUUCUCCGCGCCCAACUACUGCGGGGAGUUCGACAACGCCGGCGCGAUGAUGAGCGUGGACGAAACGCUCAUGUGCUCCUUCCAGAUCCUGAAGCCGGCGGAGAAGAAGCCCAAGUACCAGUACGGCGUCCUGAACGCCAACCGCCCAGUGACCCCGCAACGUGCAGGCACACUCCCCAAAAAGCGCUAGCUCCCAGCCACACCGACCACAACAACAACAACAACAACCACCACUACAACUACAGCACGGAGAAUAACAGCGCCGACUACAGUGAGUCUUAAGGGAGCUGCAUUAGCAUCGGUGGUGUCAACAUCAUCGUCAUCAUAAUCAUCGCCGUGAUUUAUACAACUCCAUCAGGUCGCGCACGAGGCAUGUAACGAUUCACUCUGCACGCAAAUGAUUCAAAUGUGUUCUUUUGCUCACGACGCGUGCAUCAAAUUUCACGUCUUAAGCAUCAAUCAUUUACGAUGUAUGCUUCGCAAGCCAAGCAAGGCAUUUCUAUUGAAGUCGGCAGUCAACCUUCGAUCAGUGGGAGGACACUGUGCUCUCGACUCCCUGCCACAGCUCCAAGCUCAAGACCUUCCGAUUUUUUCCCAUCUGCCGAUGACUGGACCACCCCUACACACGAGACUUGCCCACCGCUUCCGUACAGCGUCUUGAGGUGCAUUUAGAUGAUAUAUAAAUCCAAAUUCUGUUGCGUUGCAAAAUGCACGAUCAUUUAUUUUUAGGCAGUCAGAAAUGAACGAGAUGGAACAAAAUGAAUGGGGCGAUAGAAACAAUACGGAAAAAAACGAUUGAUUCGUGACUUGCAUCGCGAUUCUUUCCAAUUGCUGGUGGGUGAAUUGUUACAUGCCUGCUCAUGGCCCACAAUGCACAGCUCAAUAACAGCAGCAACAGCAAUGACGAGAGAAACCAGUGACUGCGCUCGGAGAUGUUUCCAUUGGCUCAAGGCCGGCAGCAUGGUAUCAAGAGUACACUUGCACACGUGCACACGUGAACAUGACCACAUACACAUGCAUGCACACAUGCACGAGCGCUGUCGCACGCGUGCGUGUGUUCAUACGCGUGCACUCGCACACCUACGUAUUGCGCUGUUACGCGUGCAGGCGAGCACGUGCGCGCACGUUGACAAAAAUAGCGGUGUGAUACACACCCGCGUGCAUGAUGGCGCACACAUUACAUAUACGUGUACCGCCAUAAAUAUACACCCCAAAGCCACGUACAAAACAAAGACAUCCUGUAGCCUUUUAGUAAACUGUUGGGGAAAGUGCUGUCGCGAGCACCUCUGAAUCCCAACAUGGCACGCGACCGGGUAGUUGGGCAGCACCGUGCCCAGCCAUCUUUGUUUCCCCGGUGCUGAUGUUGCACUCCGCGCAAGGUACUCUUUUAGGACUGAGUCAACCUAGGGGAGGCCCAGGACCAGUUCAGAUACCCCAGCCCCAAUGUUGGCCAUGAUGGGGAAUCAAACGUGGGUAGCGUAGUACGAUAACCACCGCGCUCCUGCUCUCCCCACGUGCACAGCCAGACACGUGCAAAUUUGUGCACGUACACUAAUGCCAAUACACACAUAUUACAGUUAUACGCAUACACUUUUACUCACCCAACCACACACACACACCUAGCCAUACACACACCUAGCCAUACACACACCUACCAUACACACACCCGUAAACUCUUGUGAGCAAAUGGCUCAAAUAAGUAUAACGUGGGAUUUCGUGAUAAGUUGGCAAAGUAUAUGUAUAGUUGAGAAGUUUUAUUUUGAAUGUUUCAGACUAAAUUUGUCCUUCUCCCCGUUCUAGUUGCCCAGGUCGGUGGUCGUGCCCGUGUGCUUUCCGUCAGCGGUUGUUGAGAACAUCUGAACGUUAGCUUUUGUUCAAGCCUGCUGCUUUCCUGCUACAAAUCCACCCCGUUGGCACGCAGCCACACACAGCGCAUGGAGCAUAGACACAGGCAUGUACAUGAACACGCACGCGUGUAUGAUCGGCCCCUUAAUCUCGGCACGCCGUGUAGUGUUUUGCAGCAUAGGAGUCCGACGUAAUCCUUUUUCCAAAGACAGCUCUUAUCCUCUGCGGCGGUCGCUCAUCAGGUCUAUUGCUGCUGCAGUUCCUUUCGUCUUUCCUGCUGCUUCGACCGUUUCGUUUGUCGAGGAACGAAAUCUGCUGGGAGCGGUGGCCUCUUGUCGCCGCACCGAUCGGGGGGGGGUUUGCUAUUUGUCCGGCCGCAACACCUGGCCCCCCUCAUUCACUCGCGUUGGGCAACACCUGCACCUUGUAGAUUCCACUCUGCGCUCCAGCAGCGGUGACGACAUCUUCACGCACCACGACGGUGUCCUCAUCGGUGUGACGGCGUGUGCCGUGAGCUAGCUCACCUGCUGGGCUUUGUGGCAGCGCAUGCCCUGCAAUGGUGGCUUGGACACGUGGUUGGUGGUUUUUGCCUGCAGUGGGUGGCGCAACAAGCGGGGUUGCUGACUUGUCCGUAAAGCACUCUGGUUUUACUCACAAGUACUCAUCGGAAAACUGGCCAAAUGUCCUAGGCCUUGAGGCUUAACUGGAUAAACACAUGCAUUUGUAAUAGCAAUACUAAUAUGUUAGUUUUGCUCGGCAAUUGCAGGAUUGCAAGUUGUUGCUCAACGUAUGCAAUGCUUUGUCUUGGUCUGACAUAGACCGAUUGAUGCUACAACGAAGGGCAACUGCUCAUUUAAAAGUACAGUGCGUGUACAUUGUUUGUAGCGAUUUCCGCAUUUCGGAGCAUUCGAUUAACUUUGUUAUUUUUUUCUACAAGUCCCGUUUAUGUGUUAAACUGAAAUAAAUAAAACUCUAAAAGAAUCCAGGGAAAUCUAGAAACAUCUGAGAGAACCUCGACGUCAUCCGCGUGGAGAAACGCACACUUGCCAAAUGUGGCCCUCACAAGUUUCCACUGCUGAAUAACACUAUGUAACACAAUGUUUGUUCCUGGGUAGUGUUAUUUCCUAAUUGCUUAUACCUACAAAGUAUAGAAAAUGGCUAUUAUUCCCCACAAAUUUUGCUUUUGUGACCAGGACAGUGAUAUUUUGAAAUGUACCUAUUUUCAAUGAGGAAACGGGAGAAUUGGUGUCUUUUCAUUCACAUCAAGUCAGAAAAAAAAACAUUAUUCAAAAUUAACAUGUAUUUAUACUAAACUAAUACAACAAUUACUACAAAAUAUUUAUUUACCAAGGCGCACUACCUAGGAACAAAAAAAAUGUUUUGUUACACAGUGUAAUCUAUGUUAGGAAAGCGAUUUCUAUCGUGGCGAUGAAGCCAUACAACAUCUCUCCACGGUGGCGAGAUGUUGACUACCUCACCUGAUAUGCACGUGUCCAUGGGAUCAAUCCCGACCCUGACGCCUGCUGUAUAUUUGGAGUUCGCAUGCUCUCCCCGUGGUCACGUAUAUUUUUCUCCGGGUCCUCCGGUUUUUCCCUCCACAUUUAGAAUCAACGUCACGCGUUUGGAGCAUUUGGCUGCCAUACAUUUCCACGUGAUGAGCCACUUCGUUGAGCUAUUAUUUGUGUGGCAAGGUCGCUUCUGGGCCUUACCUGGUGAAAUGAAAACAAAUUGUACGAAAAGUUUUUCAAGGGAAAGAUCCAAGCGUUGGGUGAUUGGCGAUGGACCAAGUGCGUUGCACUUCAAGGGGACCACGUAGAGGAAGAACGCGGUGUCGCCAGGUUAAGUCGUUCUAUGUCAGGACACGCACCUUGACUUGAGCCCUCAUUGAAUAGCAACUUGGUAUCUCUUAUAAUUUUGAUUUAAAGCUUUCGUGACUGCAGGGAUUCAUAUUCUUGGUUCUUUCGGUAAAGUCACGUAGAAAGGAAAUAAUAAAAAUAGAAAACAAUAAAAUUAUCGAGACGUUUCGACUGCAACACAAGCAAUCCAAUGUUCUUGCUGCGGAUUUCACACCUGAUGAUGAUUGCUUGUGUUGCAGUCGAAACGUCGUGAGAAUUUAUUAUUUUAUUUUAUUAUUUCUCUUCUACGUGACUUUACCGAAAUAACCAAUAAUAUAUUUGGUAUCUCUUCUUAAGCAAUAUCUGAUGUUUAGAUGGUAACCCUUGUGUGGGACAGGUGCCACAUCGUGAUGCAGUGAAAUACUGGGUGAUCGUGAAGUCCAUCCCUGAUGUUUGGUUGCAUGUAUUUGGGGGGGGGGGGGGUGGAAAGCCAGCGUUUCGAUGUUACUUGGGUUAAUGAAAUUGCUUGUGAUGGGGGAUGACUUCUGCUUAACUCCUCUUAUAUGUGAAAAAUGUGGGCAACAGGAUGAACUUAGCACCUCUGGGAGACCACUUCUGGGUAACUUAUCUCUGAAUUGCCACGGAUUGCAGGAUGAAUUUGCCACCACUUUGGGUACCUGCUCUUAUCCAUGAAAAUAAAGAGGUUAUAGGAUGAACUUUGCACUUUCUGGCCACUGAUAGGCAGAUUACCUCCAGUUGGAGCGAAUCCUUGAGCACCUCUGCGUGACUUAUUUAUUAAUAAAGUGAAUAAUAGGAAACAAAUACAUCCGUAUUAAUAGGGUUUCCCCUUUUUUUCUGGCAACAAAACUGAAACCUUUUUUUACAAGGAUUCAUGUCUGCAUUAACUACAAUACUUGCAGUCAUAAUUUUUUAGUUUGUUUGCAUUUUGACUGCAAGUAUUGUGGUUAAUGCAGACAUGAAUCCUCGUAAAAAAAGGUUUCAGUUUUUUUGCCAGAAAAAAGGGGAAAAGCCCUAUUAUAUUUUGGUACUGGCAAAGGAGGUAUAAUGAUGUAAAUCCAUCCGUAUGAGGUCCCCCCACAUAUGUUGGUGAUACUGCAUUGGCAGUGGUGCAAAGCACGAAUAACAACAACAACCAAAAACUCCCAAGAAUUAAACUAAAAGCGUGUUGAGAAUUAUUUUCGGAUCGGUUGGGAUCCGUGUGUUUAUUGGAGUUGGUGCGGGUAACAGAACUGCAUACGAGAAGUCUCGCCCGGUACUUUAAGCGCAGGAGGGGCAUUUACGAUCACCCUGUAUGCGUUGCGUUAAUGGUAUUGGGAUGAGCGACGUUGCUUGGCACAGGUGUCCACCUUUCCUCCUCCGCCGCAGAGGUGCCACCGCUCCAAACAGGCCCACAUCACUCGCCGUUGAAUGUUUCUUCUACGUGCACUAUGGAAUCUAAUGCUGCAUGCUUGUAUGCGAUUAGAAAUGUAGAAUGUGCAACGUUUCAAAGGACUUAAAUACCCCUUGGGAUUAUUGUGUGUGAUUCUACGUGUGUGUGUGUGUGCAUACAAAUGUGUACAUAGCUCUUAAGCCCUACAGCUGUACAAUACCUUUAGUCAUGUUUUAGAAAGUGUGUCCCGAUAUUUCUGGAGAUACUCUGAUUUUACGCUGUUACCUGGCGUAAGGGAAGUUUUAGUUUGAGUUACGGAGCUCGUUUAACUUUUUUUGCACAAUCCACAAAUCGUUUCGCUUUUCCGAGUUUAGCCAUGGCCAUAAGCUAGCCAUGUCGAUAAGAGUUCUGCGAAAAUCUCAGCCUAGCAUACAUUUCAUUGAUAUGAAAACAACACAUGAAGGCAUCACCGUUUACAAAAUAUACAAAACAGACUAUUUGGUAAAUGAAGAAAAUAACCUGCUUUUCAUACUGCACGUGCCCCCCCCCCCCCCGAUCCAUCACAAACCUUCAACUUUAUUAUUACAUCCGCAGUGCUUUCCAUCCGCCUGUUAUUCCAAACUUUCAAGUUGCUUACCUUAUCCUCCAACUAAAUUCCGAGCAAUCGGUCGUAGUUGCUUUUUUUACAAGGGGCAGCAGCUAUCUUGGCCUCUUCAAUAACACGUGACGUAUGCAGGUGUGCUUCGUUGGUUCUAGAUUUGACGUUUUCGUGACUGCAAGGAUUCAUAUUCUUUGGUUUUUUCGGUAAAGUCACGUAGGUAAAAAAAAAGAACGCUUGUGUUGCGCCCGAAACGUCGUGAUUUAAUUUAUUUAAUUUUUUUAACGACGUGACUUUACCAAAAAAACAAAGAGUAUGUGGUUCGUUGGUUUUUAUUGGUGGCAGUGAUUAUUUUUUUGCUUACGUUUUUCGGGUCUCAAUUGGGCACGAUUGACAGGUUAAAAACUGCCACGCUAAAAAAGCAGAUAAAUAUUCCAUUACAGGUCAUCGCUGUUCAACAGCCUCGCAAUUUACUGCAGUGAACAGAAGGACCUAACAUGUGCUUAGAACCGCAAAUACAGAUGUUUAUGCUUAACGAUAUUGCUUUUUCUUGAGCAUUCAACAAAUGUUCAUAUUUCAACAAGCAUCAUUUCUCUAUAGUUGGUUAGAGAUACCAGUGUAUGUGUGCUAAUGAGAGUAACAUAUUUUCGUUUUUUCGGUUGUGUGACUUUACCUUAACAUUUAAAAUAAAUGAUAAUUAUGUUAGUGUUAUAUAUAAUUGUGGUUACUUUAGCCGUAGUAAAGUACGAAUAAAAACAGUGACGGUG